AUUCAAUUCAUUACUUAAUGAUAAUAACGAUAACAAUAAUGGUUUGCAUUUAAGUCAUGACAACAGAGACCACGAGUUUUCAGAUAAUAAGCAAACGAUUGCCGAAAAUGGGCUCCAAUUUGAAGACAAGAUUACGCUUGAAAUCAGAGCCACUGAUUUGGAGGAAAGAGUGAAAGAGUUGCUGACAAUCAGGUCUUCGGUUCGCAACGAGUUGAGACAAUUGGAGUCCAGAAGACGGGAUCUCUUGCAGGAGAUCUCGGAAUUCAACAACAAAUUAGAGCUCUUGAAGUCACAGUUGGCGAAGAAGACCACAGAUUUGGAGAGAAUUCAGUUGUCUUUAGAGCAAACGAAAUACGCCCAGAAGGAGGUCCUCUUGAAGUCGAACGCGCU